UCAUUAAAUAAUAUCAAUACUUUAUAAAAUGGGAUUUAUAUGUUCUAAGCCAAAAGGGAAUCAUACAGAUAAAAAAAUGGAAAUCCAAAAACAAGAAGAAAUUCAGUAAAGUUUAAGCACAACAAAAGAGGCAAUUGAUUUUGUGGAAAGCACUUCUUUAGCAAAUGUAAUGAGAACUAAGCCAAUCAAAUCUUAUUUGGCUGAACAAAUUGAAAAAUAAUAAAUUUAGGUGGAUUCAUGUGAAAUAUUGGCAGAUAAGAUAGAGGCUAAAUCUUAAUUAAUUAUUCGAAGUUACAAUCAUUUUACUGAGAAAGCUUUAAAAAUAAAGUCUUUAGUACUAGAGUAUUACAAGAAUGAAUAUAUAAAUUAUAUAAAUUCUAAUCUUGAUACAAAUCCUAAUAAAGAAUUUAUAUAAAAAGAAACAAUUUAAGUAAAUUAAUUAUGAUUUCAAUUUAUAGUUAUUAGUUGAAACUACAGUGAUAUUAAAUUGUUUGAUGGAUAAGAAUUUCGAUGAUGAAAUUGAAUUGUGGUGGGGAGACAAUUACUUUAGCGAUCGAAUUUAAAUUCUAGCUGUUAAUAUUCCUGUCAGCUCUAAUAACACAGACAAUAUCACCAAUCCAAUUAUAUAAUAUAUAAAUGCUUUAAAAAAUAAAAUUCUUUAGGUGAUUCCAAUCUAAAAUAAUCAACCUCAAUCUAUUUCAAACAGUGUUGCUAUCACUAAUAUACAUUUAACUUAAUUUUAUAAAGAUCUUAAAAUGGAAUUUGCAAAAAAAGUUGAAGAGGAAGAAGAUAUCAACUAAUGA